CCGUACACCCCCUAUUUCCGCGUUUUCAUUUUGGUUUCCGCGAUUAGAGUUGGAUGAAUUAAUUGACACUGCUCAAAGCAAGAUAUUUACACAAUCAGGAAUACCUCCACAUAUUCGGUCAUGUCAGAUCGGGGUGCUUUCGACACUAAUGUUGUAACUUUGACGAGGUUUCUGCUGGAAGAAGGCAGAAAAGCGAAAGGCACGGGCGAGCUGACGACUCUUCUCAACGCGAUGUGCACGGCGAUAAAAGCCAUCUCGAGCGCUGUGAGGAAAGCAGGUAUCGCGCACCUGUAUGGCAUUGAUGGAAGCACCAAUGUGACAGGUGAUCAGGUGAAGAAGCUUGACAUCCUUUCCAAUGACCUUGUCAUCAACAUGAUCAAGUCCUCCUUUACAUCAUGCGUAUUGGUGACAGAGGAAAAUGAAACUGCUAUCAUCGUGGAACCCGACAGACGAGGUAAAUAUGUGGUUUGCUUCGACCCUUUGGAUGGAUCAUCCAACAUUGAUUGCCUUGCUUCCAUUGGGACCAUCUUUGCCAUCUACAGAAAGUGCACAGACAGCGAGCCAUCAGAGAAGGAUGCCCUGCAGCCUGGCAGGAAAAUAGUAGCCGCUGGAUACGCGCUGUAUGGCAGCGCCACCAUGAUCGUGCUCUCCACUGGUCAGGGAGUGAACUGCUUCAUGUUAGAUCCAGCUAUCGGGGAGUUCAUUCUGGUGGACAGAGAUUUGAAGAUUAAGAAGAAAGGAAAGAUCUACAGUCUGAAUGAAGGUUAUGCCCUUUAUUUCGAUCCUGCCGUCACGGAGUAUCUGCAGAAGAAAAAGUUCCCGGAGGAUGGCAGUGCACCCUAUGGAGCCCGUUAUGUUGGCUCGAUGGUAGCAGAUGUGCAUCGGACCCUUGUGUAUGGAGGAAUCUUUCUUUACCCUGCAAACGUGAAAAGCCCCAAAGGAAAGCUUCGACUGCUUUAUGAAUGCAACCCCAUGGCCUUCAUCAUGGAGCAGGCUGGAGGAAUGGCCACCACAGGGACCACAAACAUUUUGGACAUCCAGCCUGAGAGCAUCCAUCAGCGGGAACCUGUGGUGUUGGGUUCCCCCGAUGAUGUGCAAGAGUACAUCUCCAUCUUUCAGAAACAUCGCAAAUGAAGAUCAAGAAACAGAACCGACACUACAAACAAAAUACAUAAUAAUGAACUCAUGACACUCCAGAAUAAUAGAAAAAUGUUACUAUACAGUGUAAAUCAAUGAAGUAUUAUUAUGAGUUGUAAUAAGUAGAUUUAUUCUAAAUUGGCUGGUAUAAAUGUAUUUUUAGACUAAAUUUUGGCUUAUUUUGUGUUGUGACACUAAUCCUUACACUUUAUUAAACAUUUACUUUGAAAUGUU